AUCGGAUUUCUAGAGACAUCCGCGCCAACAAUAGUAGAGCGACCUGGUUUAAUUCGUGUAAAAGCUCCAUUAUUUCUUGGAGGUACAGCGUUAGCCAUGGUUCAAGUUUUACGCCAGUUCUAAGAAGACACUCUUGCCGAACGCACCUACACCUACCAGUGAGAGUCUGGGAAACGGUCUGAUUCCCGUCAACAAUAACUAAUUGAUAACCGACUCGAUUGUUAAUCGUGCGAUGUAUCUUCAAAUGUGGAUGCUGUUCCUCUGGGCUCUUAGUUUUACUGAUAUGGUGGUGUCAAUUUUGGCCGAAGACACAACCACCCUCGUCGAUUCUCAUGAGCCUCCCACUCGUCAAAACGACAAAUUUUCCACGGCAGAAUACCCCUACGUUCGAGGAAACGGAAACAACCUCAAUCACGAGGACGAUCGCAGCAUCCCCUACAACCACCGGUGCUCCGAACGUCUCGAGAAUGCCUUGGAUCAAAUUCGUCGCCGGCAAAUUGCCAAACAAAAGACCCUCCACCUCAACGGAUAUUCGCUCCACCAGCAGCUCCGUUCUGCUCCUUACGACAUGUACGUAACCGACAUGAGAGUGCGUCUUCCAACCUCCAACAGUUGGGUAAGAGUGGACCGGUGUCGAUUCAAUCCUCGCAACGCCUCUUUGGAGACCCGAUUGCUGUUUAACGAUCUAACGAUCAGCGGCAAAGUGAACCUCUUUAACGGCGACAUGCUCCAAAGAGCCCCCGUUGAGCCGAAUCCGGAAGACUCUUGCAGCAUGAUUCUGCGAUUGAGGCGGGCGGGCAUUGGAUUUCACACCGAGCCCAUAAGACGAGAGAGAGGCCAGUUCAACGUCAAGACUGAUUCACAUUUCCUUGAGCCUGGAUUCAUAAGUGUCUACGCCUAUGGCUGUGAACCAAGGCUUAGAGAACACCGACGAGGCUUUAGAGACGACGAAGACAGUGAGGAACUGUCCAGAGAAAUGGAAGAUAUCUUUCUUAAAGGAAUUAGAUCUCUACUAACAACUUAUAUGCAAAAAGAACUACAACCGGCCAUCAAGGAAACUCUCAUGAGAAAUAUGGGAUACACAAUAUCAUACGGUUAACCACAAUUUAAACAGUAUUUAUUGUAAAUUUGUAUAAAUGUUAGAUAGCGUCACCAAUGUGUUGUUGUAAGUUUUUAAUAAUACAUUAAAUUAUCUUUGAAAAUACUUUACUAUAUUUUUCUCA